AUGCAACUACUGCACCAGCACUCUCCAAACGUUUUUCUGCGUGAUCUCAAUAUGAACAGCGUUGACAUUCGAAGCGCUUGCUCCCACAUCGAGGUGAAAGAGAAAAAAUCGUCCAACGCAUCUCUUCUACUGAUGAAUCCCGUUGCUAGCGGAGACAACAUGGCCGUAGACCUUGUACAGAAGAAGGAAGAAUUACCACCUAUCGUACCUUGCUGUGAGGGGAGAGAACUACAAAUAAACGAAGAAAUAGUCCGAAGUGGCCUAUCAGCGAUUUCAGUGAAACAUGACAGCGUCAUCCAUUGUAUGUCCAUGUCUUGCGCAUGUGAACGAAUGCAAUUACCACCAGGACUCGUUAAGCACCGAAAUUCGUUCCGAUGUCUCCAUCGCCCUGACCUCAAGCGAGUCCCAUAUCUUCGACGAAUGGCCCCCGACGAUCUAGAAACACUGUUUCGUGGUUAUGCCGAAUUUCAUCUCAGAGCUACUCCUAAAUGCAACCGAAAAGACCGUGACAGCGUAAGGAGUUUAGCGCCGGCAGAAAAUGUAUUCAAAGAUAUGAGAGAUAAGGACGAUGCUACCGCCCUACGUCCAAUACCGGAGACAAGGUCAGGUGCUGAAGACGUACCAGCCGGUAUGAGACUGCAUGGGGCUAGAGCUCGACUGUAUACCUCUGUACUUGCGGGAGGCACGGCUGGGGACCAGGCAGAAGCUGCAUGUACCAGCGAAUACUACGAUACCACAGUUGCCGAAGACACUCUCCCAGAAGAUGAGAUUCAAUUGAACGAAGAACUCCAGAUCAUCUUGCCUCCAAGAUGUGAUGACAUCACAGCAGAAUCUAGCAUUACAGCCUCUGAACAUUAA